AGUUUAAAGAAAACGGCCAGGAUGGGAGGAAUAAAGUGCGUGAAAUGGUUGAUGUUCAUCUUCAAUUCCCUGUUCUGGCUGGCAGGUACAGCUGUAUUGGCACUGGGACUAUGGCUGAGGUUUGACCCUAAAACUAAAGCACUGUUUGAGGGCGGAGACUCACCCUCAGUCUUCUUCACUGGUGUAUAUAUUCUGAUUGCAGCAGGUGCUCUAAUGAUGGUUGUUGGAUUUCUGGGCUGCUGUGGUGCUAUACAAGAGUCACCUUGGAUGCUGGGUUUGUUUUUCUUCUUCCUGUUGCUGAUAUUUGCAGUGAAAGUGGCUGCAGGGUUCUGGGGUUUUUCAAACCAGAGUAAGGUUGUUGAUGAUAUUACACAAUUCUACAGACAGACCUUCAAGAAUUACCAAGAUAACAAACAGGAUGCACUUAAAGAAACUCUACGUCUCAUUCAUCAUGGGCUGAAUUGCUGUGGUCCGACUGGAAGACCCACAGAUUCCGCUGAUGAUAUUUGCCCAAAGAAGGAAGUGCUGGAUGGCUUCAUCACCAUGAGCUGUCCGGAUGCCAUCGAUAAAGUCUUUAACUCCAAACUACAUAUCAUUGGUGGUGUCGGUGUUGGGCUGGGCAUCGUCAUGAUUUUUGGGAUGAUCUUCAGCAUGCUCCUGUGCUGUGCCAUCAGGAAAACCCGUGAGAUUGUGUGAAGGAAAUCAACGAGCACGUUUGUCCUUGCAUGACCUUCAUCGAGCUAACAGCUAAUCAGUCAAUCGUCCAGCACACUUUCUGCACACGACACUCGGAAUUCUGUUCUCUGAUUGGUGGGAAGCCACAUUCUUUACUUUUCAGAUUGCAGCUGUUUGAUUGGCUCAGCCCCUGAGUAAGGAGUGACUGAGGGUUUGGAUGAAUUCCCUCAACCUACUGAAACAACGCCUUUGAACGACCUACUUUUUCUAUGUGUUUUUUUACCAUAUGUG